GAUUGCCAGUGAAGUUUCUGCAAGAUUUCGUUGACCCGGAGACUCUCUGUCAUAUAAAUUACCUCUAAACCACACAACCUCAGUCUCCCUUCGAUUGCCUGCUCUUACAGAAUCGAGAAACUGCACUCUCGUCUUCUCCUCUCGGUUUCCUCUCCCCGGGCUUUAAUUGCGCAACCAAUGUCUUCUGAUCUCAACGAGGAACUUUGGUUAGUUUUUUGUGAUUUUUGUUUCAUGAGCCGGGGGAGGCUCUGGUGUUCGUGGAAGAUACUAUUCCGGCACUGGACUUGACGAUAGUGCUUUCUUGGUUAUUUAUCGUUACACCGUUCUUUUACAGUUUUUUUUUUUUUUUUGAAAGAACCUGAGAAAUAAAAUAUUGAUUCUGCUACUUGUCCUUGUGUGAGAAAAUAAAAAACAUCUAAACAGCUUUUGGUUACUUGCUGCCACAAUCAACAAAAACAAACUUCACGACUUGUGAAGAAAUUCUGCAUUGGGUUAAACUUUAUAGAUAGCUCUUUUUUCCUUUAUAUACAAUGAAGAGAACCACCCCGCCUCCUGGGUGGCGGUUUCAUCCCACUGAUGUUGAGCUUGUGAAGUACUAUUUAAAGAGGAAAAUACUGGGGAAGAAACUCCAUGUUGAAGCCAUCUCGGAGGUUGAUAUUUACAAGUAUGCUCCUUGGGAUCUUCGAGACAAAUCUUGUUUGCGAAAUGGUGACCUCAAAUGGUACUUCUUUUGCCCGAGGGAGAAGAAAUAUGCAAGCGGGUCUAGAAUGAAACGUACUACUGAAUUUGGGUUCUGGAAAACCACAGGAAAUGAUAGAUCUGUCCAUUACGAAGGCGAAGUUGUUGGGAAGAUAAAGACGUUGAUAUUUCACAGAGGUCAAGCUUCAAAGGGUGAACGAACAAAUUGGGUUAUGCAUGAAUACAGGCUAGAAGAAAAAGGUCUUGCUGAUAGAGGUGUUGUUCAGGAUUCUUAUGUACUCUCUAUGAUUUUCGAGAAAGGCGGUCGAGGACCAAGAAAUGGUGCCCAAUAUGGUGCACCAUAUAAGGAAGAGGACUGGAUAUCUGAUGAGGAAGACAAUUGUGUAGUCACAGGCUCUUCAGCUAACCGUUCUGUACUUAUGCUGCCUAGUAGCCAUAACAAUGGUGCUGCUAAUGGCACACAUGCCUCUGGUAGUAAAUGCUUCGGUUAUUCAUCUGAAUCUUGUAUAUCUGAUUGCAUACCACCUACUUGUGAGGUGUCUCAACCUGUUCCGCCUGCUUGUGAGGUGCCUCAACCUGUUCUCAAUUUUGUAGUAGCGGGCUCUUCAGCUAACCUUUCUGUACCUAUGCUGCCUAGUGGCCAUGACAAUGGUGCUGCUAAUAGCACACCUGCCUCUGGUAGUAAAUGCUUUGGUUCUUCAUCUGAAUCUUGUAUAUCCAAUUGCAUACCACCUACCUGUGAUGUGCCUCAACCUGUUCUGCCUACUUGUGAGGUGCCUCAACCAGUUUCUACCGUUGAAGCCAUGCUGGAGAAUUUUCAAGUUCCUAAUGAUGACGACGAUAUUUUGUCAUUGAUGGAUUGCAUUUCUUGGGACGACAUCCCUGAAGGAAAUGAAAAUGACAAAAAUGAGAAUCCUUGUAAUCUCAACAAUGUCAGAGAUAUUGGUAAAACAUCUAAUUUUGAUGGAAAUAAUGACAUUUUUAACGACUUAGGAGACCUGGGCAUAGCUGGUCUGAGUGAAGAUGGGUGUAGUUUUCCUGGUCAGCACGAAACUAUAUAUACCAUGGAACAAAUGCAUGCACGCGAUGACUUUAUGGAGUUGAUGGAUCUUGACAUCCCAUUGAAUUGGUCUGCUGAAGCUGGUGGCCUAGGUACUGGAUACAACACUUCUAAUAAUCCAGACCAAUUUUGUCAUCAGACUAGUCCCUGUGCUGCAGCUGGCCGUGCCUUGCCUAGUCAGUAUACUAUGCUGCUAGGGAAAGAAGACUAGUUGUACCUGCUUAAUGCUGAUGCUGCAGCACAGCGUCCUGUACUAAAUAAGCCUGAUUAGUUGCUGCCAGAGAAACCAUGAGCCCGUUCAAAUCAUCUGGUUUAUUUCAACCAAAAUUAUGCUCUCACUAUAUUUGUGAUUUUUCUGAAGACUGUAGUUCCUGAACUGCAAAUCAGGGAUCUAAACGUUUUGAAGCUGUCUUUUACAAUAUGGUGCUCCCCCGUUGUCAAGCAGCUAGAACUGGGAAGUUUGAUAUGUUGCAGAAGUUGUCAGGGGCAGAAUUCAUCAUCGAUGGUGGGUUCCACCCAGGUUGCAACAGUGUCCUUUUGAUGCAACGGGGUACUUUUUAGUUUUCGAAUUUUAUGUGUUAUCUGAAGAUGUCUUUUAUAUUCUGAAAGAACAUGUUAUUCAUGUUGAAUUUGCGAUUCAGCAAACUCUUGAAGGUCACAGAUAUUUAUACUUAUUUCUCUUCAAAUAUACUUUUAUUCUGUGGUGACCGCUAAUAAUUGAAUGUUAUUACAUCAUAGGUUGCUGAUGUUGCUGUUGUAUUUUCAAUAAAUGGUAUAUUGAACUUUGACCUUUCAUUUUC